ACUCAGAAUGGGUAGCUAUAAACUCAAAAUUGCGAGAAAUUAAGUCAGAAUAGCGAGAUAAAAUUAUGUUUUUUUUAUUUAUUUUUUAUUCCGUUUUAUUAUAAACUGGCUUUCACAGGAACAUGACAUGGGAUAAUUCUUAUAAAAACAAAAAAUCAAAGAAACAAAUAAAAAAAACUAAGUAAAAGGAUUUGCAAGCCCUAUGUUGCAGACGUUAAGUCACAAUCUACCUUUCCACAUCUUCCUCACCUACACAUCCCUCGUGCCAAAACUCGCUGUCUUGACCUGUUAGUGGGUGGAGUAGAUGAGUAGUAUGAACAGGUAAAGGUGUGCGUCAGUGUGUUCUCAUCUAGGCUACUAUCUACUCACCGUCGGACCAUUUUUGCAAGAUAGCUGUUGUGGAUUUAACGCGAAGUACUAAUCUAGACUGCACAAUGCUGAAGAAAACGCAAGGCUCGGCCGACGUGGACGCGUCGCGCAUUCUUGUGAAGGGGCCCGAGUUUUUGAGGAGACAGAUGGAGCGAGAAAGCGAAGCGAAUAAAGGACGCGUCAGUGCGGUGGAGAGGUUGGCAGCAACUAAACCUCAAUACGUAAAAAGCCAACAAGUGGUCGGUUCCACUCAGGAACCGUUUAUCAGCAUCAGCUCUGCCUCCGUGAGCAGCCGAGAGUCUUCAAACGCAGCGCACGGUUCCGUUAUUUACACCGCUCAGGUUGAUGUUGAGGAUAUUCCGUCGCCUGAAGAAGAAAGUGGUAAUGCGGUGAGACGGAGCAGCUCGAAAAAACGCGACUCGAUUUUAUUAUACAGACAGAAGUGUGAACUCUUAAGAGGAUCGCCUGGUGGGAACAGGAGAUUAUUUAAAAAAUCGUUAUUUUCUAUUAAAGACAAGACAAGCGCGAUUUCUGAGGCUCGCGGUGAUGAAUGCGCCACGCGCAAGAACUCCGAGGCCACUCAGGUAACCUUAACCAUCUCAAACGGGCACUCAGGUGUGCCGAAAGGACCUCCUCACAGGAAAGUCGCUGAAACCCAGAAGCAGGAGCGCAGGAGCCGGAGGGGUGUGGGGCGCUCCAGCUCUGACAUCAGUUCGCGCUACUCGAAGAACUUCGCGGACUUCGACGCGUUCUUCAAAUACUGCGGGCUCGACGGUGACAUCAUCGAGUCCCUGGGCAGAGAGAACUUCUCCGCGCGUUCGGAGGACCUCAGCUCCAAAAUCCGAAGCAUCAGCGUCUCGACGUCAGAUGACGGCUUCUCGAGGAGCAGCGACGGCCUGCAGGAGGAGGAAUUGCAGGAGACUGUACGUCAAGGUUCCUCAGUUGUCGAGCGCAACGCUCGGAUCAUCAAGUGGCUUUACAGUUGCAAAAAUGCAGCAGAGUCAGGAAAGACUCUUCGAGAUCUGGAUUAACUUGGGACAUGUUAAAGGAGCCGUUUUUGUCAGUAUCACACAUGGAACGACCUGAAAAAGUACUAACUUAUCUAUCUGUGACAUCUCUUGGCUCUGUAAACAUCUUUGUCCAGUCAGAGACGCUCUCUGCUGCCUUGAGUUGGCUGACAUGUUCAUUUCCUUCAUAUUCAACUAAUACCAAGGGUUUAGAAUGGUGGUCUGAAAUUUGUGAGUAGGUCUGUGGUUAAGAUUUUGUUCUACUACAUAAAUUACUACAUAUAUUUAUACCUCACAUCUGAAAGCCACUGUAACAAAUUGCUAUUUGAGGACUACAGUGGUUUCGUCAAGCAUACACGUUGUUGUGGUAGUUUUAGUCUUUAUUUAGCAGCUUGUUAGCAAUGUGUGUAAUUUAUGUUGACACAAACGGAAUGCUAACCACUGACCGAAUUUUACUCAUGAAUCCAAAAGCGCCAUUCUAAAGACCCACAGGACCCAUAGGAAAUUCCAAAGAGAACCCAUGGCUCCAAAAGGCUACUUCUUUUGCUGGUUUUAGGAUCUCUAACUACUGGUUUAGCUGUUUUGGUUAAUCCUUUUCUACAUGCCAGUACUUCAUCCUGGUUACGUAUUCCACUUCAUCUACCUAGAUAUCAUGUUACUUUAUUUUUUUUAGUUACUGAGUGUUACUGAGUUUUUUCUCAGAACUACGUGAUGCAAACUUGCAGUUCUUACUUUUUUCUGUAUUGUAAGAUAUAAACUCGCAAUUGUGAGUUAUAAAGUCAGAAUUGCGAGACUUAAACUCUCAAUUGUGAGAAAUAAAAUCAGAAUUGUGAGACAGACGCUUGCAAUUGUGUUUUUUUCUCCGAAUUGCGAGUUUAUGUCUCACAAUUCUGACUUUAUAACAUGCAGCAGGCACAAAACGUCAUUAGACGUUGAUAUUUGGUUAUAUUUCGUCUGCGGCAUCGGGUGACCAAAAUUCAAUGUCAUUUCAACAUCUAAUGUCAACAUUAAUUUGACGUCCAAUAACGUCAGCUGACGUUUAUAUUUUGUUGUUUUUAGGUUGUGUAACCAAAAUCCAACGUUAAGUCAAUGUCAAAUUGACAUCAAAUACCCAAUUUUCAUUCUUAACCAAAAUGCAACAUCGACCUGACAUUAUAUUGAAGUCCAGUGCCUGCUGUGGUGUUAUUGGCCUAGUUAAAGUCAGGAUUGUGAGAUAUAAACGUAGAACAUAUCAGUGUUUUUUCUCCUCAAAACUAAACUUUAACGCACAAUUUUAAGUUUAUACCUUAAUUCUGAGAAAAAAGUCAGAAUUGUGAGAUACAAACUUGCAUUUGCAAGAGAAAAGAUAAAAACUUGCACUUCUGACUUUAUAACUUGCAAUUGCGAGUUUAUAUCACGCAAUUCUGGGAAAACAGUCAGAAAUGUGAGAUAGAAAGUCGCAUUAAUAUUUUUACAUUUUUUAUACAGUGUCAGAAAUGGGCUUCCAUAUCACUGCAUUUCAUUUUGACACUGUUUUGUGAAAACUACCUUUGCACAUGAACCUAUGGAUAUAGUAUAGUUUACAAAGACAAAUGACAUUCAAGCCAAACAGGCCAUCAAGGCCUGUCAGCUAUGGAAUGCUGAAGGUAGCACCUGGCCUUGAGAUAUGGAAAGAUAUGGCUUCAAACAAGCACCUCUGUCCAUUGUUGCACAA